AUGGCUGUGACGGUUCCUUUGAAGCUGCUACACGAGUCGCAGGGAUUUAUUGUCACUGUUGAAACAAGCAGCGGAGACAUGUACAGAGGACGCGUCAGAGAGGUUGAUGAUUACAUGAACCUGGUUCUGGAUGAUGUGGUUGUCACAUCGAACAAUUCGAGCCUAUCGAGGAAAGAGGUUCUCAUCAGGGGAUCAAGCAUUAGAUUCUUUGUUCUGCCGCCCGCGCUGAAGUUUGCCCCAUUCUUUGGGAAAGCAAGGGCUUGA